GGAAUCGCCUGAAGGUGGAAAAAAAUGGCAGAGUGUGAGGUUGAAAGUGAGCAGAGGCGUCACGGUGUCAAGGAGGAGAAAAAUGGACAGUGGACAGACUCGGAGCCUUCGAUGAGCCAGAGGAAGCGGGAAGACAUGGAGGAGCGCGAAAGCCUUGUGUUGUGGAAGAAACCUCUGCUCACACUCCAUUACUUUUCCCUGGAGCUGCUCGCAGUCCUCCGAGGGUGGAUUGGGAGGCUCUGGCAACAACGGCAGACUGUGUUUGGCCUGCUGAUCCUCCUUAUCCUGCUCUGUAUUGCCUACCGUAUUGAAGGAGCACAUCAGAAGUAUGUGCGCUACAUGGAAAAGAAGACACUGUGGUGCGCCUACUGGGUUGGCCUGGGUAUCCUGUCAUCAGUGGGUCUUGGCACCGGCCUGCACACUUUCCUCCUCUACCUGGGACCACACAUAGCAUCAGUCACCCUGGCAGCCUAUGAAUGUGACUCUGUGGAUUUCCCUGAGCCCCCCUAUCCGGACCAAAUAGUCUGUCCCCCACGACAAACACCGGCAUUGAGCGCUGACUUGGAGCAGGUGGGCGCUGCGGCCGCGGGGGCAGAUGCGGUAGCAGCAUCAGCAGCCCUCCAAGGAGGCAUCUCCCUGUGGACCAUCAUCUCAAAAGUUCGUCUGGAAGCCUGUAUGUGGGGUGCUGGUACCGCUAUUGGAGAACUUCCUCCCUACUUCAUGGCUCGGGCAGCACGGCUGUCCGGUGCCGACCCUGAAGAUGAAGAUUACCAGAAGUUUGAGGAAAUCCUGGACCAGACGGAGUCUGCCCAGGACUUUGCUACCCGGGCAAAAGUGGCUGUGCAGAAACUCAUCCAGAAGGUCGGGUUCUUUGGGAUUUUAGCGUGUGCUUCUAUCCCAAACCCGCUGUUCGACCUCGCAGGAAUAACAUGUGGACAUUUUUUGGUGCCAUUCUGGACGUUUUUUGGCGCGACACUCAUUGGGAAGGCGGUCAUCAAGAUGCAUAUUCAGAAACUGUUUGUGAUCAUCACCUUCAGCAAGCACAUUGUGGAGCAGAUGGUGUCCCUCAUUGGGGCUGUUCCACUGCUGGGUGCGGCACUGCAGAAGCCCUUCAGGGAGUACUUGGAGGCCCAGAAGGCCAAGAUGCACCAUCGCACCGGAGAGGGUAUCCCAACUGAGGAGAGCUGGCUGUCGUGGCUCUUCGAGAAGGUUGUGGUCAUCAUGGUAUGCUUCUUUGUCUGCUCCAUUGUCAACUCCAUGGCGCAGAGCUACGCCAAGCGCAGGCAGCAGGAGAAGUACUCGCAGGGCAAGAUGGAGUGAAGGCCGGCGAGAGAUCACGCUUGACCUUCAACUUCAGAAGCCUCCCCUCCUUCCUCCAGGUUUCCACAACUCCUCUCCUCAAAUGUGCUCUUCCUCUUGGCUUACACCCCACCAUUUUCAGAAGAAAAAUAUCAACCCUCGUUUAAGUUCAACUCGGACUUCCAGUUACUUGUUUUAAGAAGCCUUUUCCCCGCUUAGCGAUUUUCUCCAGUUUUAUUGCUUUUAUUUGAUUUUCUAGAAGGUAGGUGUUUGCUGUGAUGUGUGAGAGUGUGUAAAAUGUUCUCUUUUGGUCCUUUUAGUAGUUGCGGAGCACGUGAGAAGAAACUGUUGGGAAUAAGUCUCCCCAGUGUAGCGCUAAGCUGCUGUGUUUUCCAAUA